CCUACAGUUCAUGUACACUAAAUGUGAGUAGAAGGGCCACAUGCACACCUCAUAAUGGAAUUGCGUCCUGUGUUUGUUUGUUCUUGUUUUUGUUUUUGUUUCUUUAUAUAUAUAUAUAUAUAUAUAUAUUUUCUUCUCCUUUGCUGUACUUGACAGUUCGGAGCCCAAUCAGCGUUGUAACCCCAUACACAGCCCUUCAACGUCCUUGGCAGCAGUGGACGCAGCUGCUCCGAAAUUCGCCACAGAUUUCUGCACAAUCCGUCAAUGCACCCCCAACACAGAUGCACAACACGUGGGAAGAGGAAUUCGAGUGGUGGGUUUCGGAUGAGACGUUGUGAUGGUUUUAGAAUUGGAAGCGAGUUGAGAUGAGUUCUGUUUGUGGGGGGGAGGGAGGGCUUGGUGCUAUGGAGGCGGAGCGUCCAAUGGAUCUGUCGGAAAAGGAGCGAGUUGAGAAAGCCGCGUUGCGCAAGCGGAGGCAGCAGGGGGUGGCAACUGGGACGUGCAGGUUCGCCGAGUUGGAGCAAGCGGUGCAUGAGAUUCGGCUUAAUACUCUACUGGUGCUUAAGACUCCUUAUUAUCGAAAUUGCAAAGCUGCACGCAACAUACGGAGAGGUGCGCAGUGGCAUCUGGAUGGUAUGCGAGUGAUACGAGAAUUGUGCAAGCAAAUGCGAUCGGAGACUGUGACGAUUGGGAAAGAGAGGAAGGAGAGGGGAGAUGGUGGUGCAGCUAAACGCAGGAAGUUAGGUGGACUGGGGGAGCCAGCUGGGAAUUCUAGCAUUCCUAGUGGAUCUGUAGGCAUCAAUACAGUAGUCGAAGGACCUUCUGCAGGUGGGAUAUUCGUCCCGUUGUCACAGAAUAACAAUCCGCCCGUCAUAACAGAGCUGGGUGACUCUCCCUAGUCCUCUGAAUUGAUCUGAGGAGAAAGUAUCAUCACUUCAAGAUUGGUGAGACGUAGGGGACGCACAAUUCACCAGAUCUCUUCAUGUGUAGGUGUUAAUUUCAAGGAGACUGCAAACCCUGAACCAUCAGCGUAAGCUCCCUCAUGGGCUUUAUCAACAUGCGUGCUCUACCGCUGGGAAACUCAUUAUUCCGUUGAUGCUGAGGGGGGGAGCAUCUCACUAAAUGAACGCAGUAUUAAUGGUUGGUGGUUCAGACGCAGAAGCCUUGGAUCUUUGGAACUUCUAAUUUGAAUUUGUACGCAUAAAAUUAAUCUAAACUUCCUGACUGUGAGGUAAUAUUCAAUAAUCAAAUACGUGUCCUGAGUAGGCCAUCGUAAUUUUAAGUAGGUAUGCUAUUAUUUCUCCACUACUUCUCUUUUCCGGUCUUACUCUAGCAGAACAUAGUUGCAUGAAUAUCUGCUACAGACCAGUGAUGGCAGGUGCGUUCUUAUUCGACGUCUAGUUUUUUUUGAGGCACAUAAUGAAUCGCACGUUCAAGGUG